AGUACAUGUCGAUGCUCUCAAUAGUAUAGCAUCAACAGUGAUCAGUCUAAGUCCUGAUUUUGCUGCUAACAAUUCUGAAACAGUAAAAGCGUUCCUGUCACAGACAUGUACAAAUAACUGUAGUGGACAUGGAAUAUGCUCCGAUUCAGGACUGUGCAGUUGUGAAGAUGUUUUCCGUGGACCUAUAUGGUAUAGAUUUAAGAAUUCCACCAAUUAUCUAUGACAUAAAUGACGGUGGUUUAUGUGAUACAGCUGAUGGAAAUGAAUGUGAUUGUUUUGUUAUACGAACUGAUAACAUAUUUGAUGGCUUCAAAUACGAAAUAACAACUUUUGAGAUGUUAUUCGAUGGCACAAAAACACAGGUAGGUAAGUCUACUAAUGCCGGAAAGUAUGAAGAUAUAUUUACCGGGGAGUGCUGCGUUCCUCACCAGCGUUCUAAACGUUCAACGGAGGAUUCUCAACCUUCUGUACUUGUGUUUGACUUUGUUAUAAGUAACGACGGAGAGAACUUCGGACAAAGCAAGUCCGUAUAUGUUUAUGAUUCCACGUGUUUGAAUUACGUCACCGCUGGUGAUGGGGAGAUCGUAGCCAUUAAUCUUGAGGAAGGAUACAAAAAAGAUAUUUCUAGUCACAUUGGUUAUAGAUAA